CAUGCGGCCGACGGCGCCGCGAAGAGAUCUCAUGGAUGAUCGAAGACUUGGAUGCCAUCGAGCCGGCACCGCUAGAGUCGCAGAGGACGCCAACGAAGAUCUGCAGCUGCGAGGUGGUCGACGUCACCAGCCGUAGAGAGCGCGGCGACCUCCGUAAGAUUCAGAGCACCGAUGUAAGAUGGGGCACUGGCACCUUCUUGUCACCUGACGAAGCGAUCUGGGAUCUGAGGAGGCGCACCAGCGAAGGCACGGAAUUCCGUUGGGAGCUUCAUACCUCGAGCACCGAUCUGGACCUUGCCAGGAAGGCCAGGUGCAGUUGCCAUAGCCUAACCCCGGAAGUGAAGAAGCCGGAAGGCACGCAACGCGGCGAUCUCCGGAAGCAUCACAGUGCAGAGACGGACAAGUGGUCGGUCAGGCCGGAGAAUCUACUGACGCCGAUGCACGACCUAAGGAAGCACAGCAGUGACGACACCAGAUUCGCAAGGGAGGCCAGAUGGCUGCAGGUGCCGGAUGUGAUGCCCAAUCCGAAGCCCAGGUGCACCUGUCCCAAGGUAAAGACUCCAGCGCCCGCGUCGCCGAUGGAGCCAAAGCCUCCUGUGCAGGAACCAGAGAAGCCGGAGAGGCAGAAAGAAGAGAAAAAAUUGUAUUACUCGAAGUCGUUGGUGCCCGAGGAGACGGCCGUGCCAUGGGAGAAGCCUGAGAUAAAGAGGCAAGUCAGUGAGGAUCCGAGAGCAGCCAAGAAGCAGCCAAGAAGCAGCAUCGAAAAGUUGAGAGAGCGACCCAAGUUGGAGCGCUCUGCGCAGGUGAGAAGCGAAAGUUCAAAAAAAUGGGGCUUCAAGGAGAAGGAGAAGGAGAAGGAGAAAGAAAAGAUCAGCAGUCCAGCGCGAAGCAAGAAGUCGUUACGAGCGAGGUGGGCCAUGAAGGCGCACGUGUCCCUGCCGGCCGAGAAGAAGGCGCCGAAGUGGUACAGGAGCCAGGAUGAAACGAAGAGCAAGAGUCUGCGGGAACGGCCCAAGUACAGCAUACGCAGGAGCAUGUCGCCGGAACCGGAUCCGCGGCAGAUGAGCAAGCUGGAGAACAGGAUCGUACGGCGUCUGAUCUCGCCAGAGAUCACCAUCACGAGCACGAAGUGGGUACCGUACGAGGAUUCCUCGCCGUUACCGACAAUCGGGAUGAAGAAGCGCGGGCAGAAGCACAUCAGCGAGAUCAAGUGGACGCCGUACGACGAGUCGCCGAGCGAUAUCCCGGUCGAGGUAAUCGACGACUCGAAAUGGUCACCGUUUGAAAACGUCACACCCCCGCAUUGUCCGCCGCCGGAGCCAGCGUCAUCUCCCAAGAGCGACGACGAGGAAUUCCGUAUGAGAAUGCUCAAUCUGGUCGCGCCGUUUCCCCUUUACCAGGGCGGCUGGAAGGACGAGUCGCCGGAAAAGACGCCACCAAAGGUCACCACGCCGGACGACCUGUCGCCGCCGGUCUGGUCACCGAUGCCCACUACACCCAUCAUCAAGCGAAAGAGCAUCGCGCAACCGGAAUACUCUCCGGAAUACUCGCCGCCGGAACACAAACCCAAAACUCGGCUCAUGCGGAGAGGAGCGAUCAGGUAUGCGAAAUCCGUAGCCCCUACUACCCAUCCUCUGGAGGACAGGUUGCCCCAGGCCGGGUCUCCACCGACUAUGAUGGUACGCGCUGCCAGCGAGGACCCUAGGCGACUGAGGCCGCAGUUGAUGAGAGCAAAAGCCUUGUUGGAGGUACCCGGAAUGGACGCGACGAAGAGAUCGUUGAGCGAGGAAGGUCCACGAAUGCGGUCUCGCGAACGCACCAGAGUCCCGCCCGAGAGAGCUCGCAGCGAAGAAGUGUCCAAGUAUGACGACCCUUGGUUCAGAUCCGACUCCCCGGAAAUGCGCGAAUACGUCACGACUGUGUAAUUGUUGCUUCCAGAUACCGUCGCCGAUACCAUCGGGAUGAUCGGUAGUAGCUUCCUUAUUUCGUGACCGACGCGGUUAUCACCGGCAAUUCAGCGUCGCGCGAAAUGCAUGAGCCGAGCUCGCGCAGCUUGUACAGCUUCUCGUGACCACGAAAUCAUUAUUUUCUGGUAUCGCUUAUCGUCGUUUUGUAAAAAGUUACUGGCUAACACUGGGAUCGAGCUAAAAUGGCGAUUGUCCAAAUUGAAGAAAAGUUAUUUGGAGAAGGAGGCAUCCUAUGGCAGAGCGCGCUUGGUUUUCCUCACAAGGGCCUCACGAAGAGUACAUCUUCAAAACUACUACCUAAAAACCGACAUGGCAGGGCACAACAUUAACGAAGACGAAAAUUGACGAGGUCGAACGACGCAGGAAUGGAGAUUCUAAUGCGACCGUCCGCGUGGACGUUGAAAACUUCGUUGGCCUACACGAAGACUACGAUGGAAAUUACCACGGAGGAAACUAACUCACUUGGAAGAUUCGCGACACAUUUGACUUGGAUCAUUCCCACCAAAGAAACAAGUCUAAGAAAUGAGCGGAAAGUCGAGGCGAGGGGUCAAGGACUGAUUAUUAUUUAAAUAGCGUAUUAUACGUGUGCAUUUUGCUGCGCUCGCGAGGAAACGAGGAUGUUUUCCUCGGAGCGUGGCAUUUAAAUGUUCUCAGCUCAAGAUGAAAUGUACGGUCGCGCGCGACCGGGCGGACAUCCGGCGAACUCUACGGAGGAGGUGCAAGGAGAUGCCAGUCGUCGCCCGGUGUAUGAGAAUGAGGCGACAGUUCAUGUAGCGCGUUUUGAUCGAUAGCUCUAACGUAAUUCAUGUACACAUAUAUAUGUAUAUAUAAUAUAUAAUAAAUAAUAAUAUAUAUUAUAUAUAUAGAUAUAUAUAUGUAUAACGUUAACGAUUAUUAAAGUACCGAUUAGAGCGAUAAUAAUGACAUAAAUCUAGUGAUAUGAUUGUAAGAGCGCGAUUCAUUGAUUCGCGGAGAAUGCGCGGAUCUGCGAAGAAAUCAUAGAGAUACAGGGUGCGUCCGUGGGAGAUCAAGCGAUCCGCUCGAUCCCGGAUACGCGCGGAACUAUAAUUGUAUAUGUACGCCGUGUGUGUACGCACACGCAUAAAUAUCUAGUAUUUAUAAUGUUCGCGAGCAACAAGUAUAUAAGAAAAGAGGUAAUAAGAGGAGAGAAAGGAGAAAGGGAGGAUAAAGAGGGUAUGCAUAAUGCAAUCGCGGAUUCAAGAUCGCAUAUGCGCGAUCAAGAGGAACGUCUCGUUCCAGAGGCAAGCGGAUCCCAAAGUCCGUUCGAUUGAGACGAGGUGCGCCUCUCUUUGUUAAUCGUUCUUACUUUUUCUUUUUUAUAUAUAUACAUAUACGUGAUAUCCAGUAAGAGGGGGAUCAGCAGCGUCGCGAUCGACGGUCGGGCGCGCGCCUUCUGAUCCCUGACUUGCGACGAUCCAUUUCGUUCGUAUUCCGAUGGGCGACAAUGCAGCGGCCAAUUAACGCCAAUCGUUUACGGCGCUGCAUACAUAGCCCCGUGUGCCGGUGCGUGCAAUAUUAAUCAAUUAAGGCGUCGGUGGACAACCGCGUGAAUAUGGGGUACUAAGGGAUAAAACCUGACAGGUAUAUCCAAGGGGGGCGAUUGGCUGCGCGUACUCGAUCAUUUCUCCCCUCAUCCUCGGUGCAGUGUAGCUUACGUCGUAUUCUCGAUUGACCCGCCGUGUCUCGUUUCGCUGCUCAUGCGUUGUCACUCGGGUGCUACCUGUUUUCUUUCUCCUGGCUGAAGGAACGCUCAGGGUGAGUCACCCUUGAUCUUUCUCAUAAUUCGUGCGGGCGUUGCGAGGAUGACGGGAUUCAGUGUUCUGCGUGGCUGAUACCAGACAACGUGACACGUGGAGGAUUCCCCAUUAGUCGGGUAUACACGUCCGUGUAUGCAAGCGGAUAGCCGGCCGUUGUACGUUAACAGGGGUGCGUUAGUCGCAUCCGAGUGCGCUCGAGUGACGACGCUGAUUAGCUAGCGACCAUCCGUGGCUGCAGCUGAACACCAGCUCUUACUUUAGCUCCUCGGCGGAUAUGUUCGAUCUCACGUCGCGCAAACAGUCGCCAUCGCUUAGCCAUUGCAUAAUUCGUUUUUUAUAGGGUAGUCCCGUGCCGCGUAAUCGGUCAUUCGAUUAUUUCACGCGCGACUCACGCGCGUGCCUUCGUACGUUUAAGUCCCUUCGCCGCGUUCCUUUCCGAACCGAUGCUGAAGAUUCUCUUUCAUUCCAUCCCUAAUUUCUCAUCGACGUCUAUAACCGUACCCGAACGCGAUCGACGAACGAUUAGCGAUUAGUUACUAUUAGCGAUACGAUAAAAAAAAGUUAACUCGAGUACUCUCGUAGCGAGAUGUCCGCAGCGAGGGGAGGCUGUUACGUUCGUUCACUCUUGUGCUCCGCUGUUUGUACUCUACCUUUUCCGAGCGUCGCGCGACCGAGCGCAACCGUCGGCUGAAACCGUUUCGUGGGUUUUUCAUGAGAUCGGAGAAAGAUGCGAUGGUGUCGAGGGUCGCUGUAGUUAGUUGCAAUAACCGCGGUGACUUUCACUUUCGUGAGAGACAGCAGACGUUUCUCUUAGACCGUAAUAUUGAUGACUUAGGAUGAUGACUAUCCGCCUUCCAUUAUCUCACAGGUUUACCUGCGGCACAUCUGAUGCGGCGCUCACGAUUUGCUGCGACUUUCGCUUCGGAAAAGAAAUAAAAAAAAAAAAUAAGAAGGAUGAGAAAAUAAGAAAACGCACAGGAUCGAGCGAAGCGGAAGAGGAAACGUGUUGCAUUCGAGCGAACGCGCGGCUCGUCGCGUGGUUCCGUCGUGAUUCCUCGGUGGUGAUCCUUGCGAGUGAGCAGCGUGCGCUUUCAUUUCCGGUCGCUUGCGUCGACGACGAUCCGCGAGAUCGGCAGCCACCGGUUGGCGGUGCAACCAAUGCCGGAUAAUUUCGGGAUGGUCGUUGCGCUUAUCGGGAUGUCGGAUUCGUUAUUCUCGCACCGACACGCUAAAUGCAGCGUCCGUCGGCCAGACAUUGGGGUGGCGCAUGGCCACCAGGGGGUUGCCGUUCGUAUUACACAUGCAUAUAUACAUAAUUACGCGUUACAUUGCGAUUCGUUUCGCCACGAAUUACACACACAUAUACGUAUAUACAUAAAAAACAUAAAGAUACAAAUAUAUAUACAUAUAAAUAUAUAUAGUUUCCUCUCCCUCUCGUAGUGCGUACACAUAGGGGUUUAUUACGGCGUCAUUGCGUACUGUAUGAUAUUAUACAUAACAUAUACAAAAACGAGACUUAUAUAUUGCAUACCGCAUCAAUCGAAGGGACGCCCAUACCGCGUUAUGUCAGGUUGCUAUUUGCGCACGUGGCCGUCGCUGGAUGAGGCGUGCAUGACUCGAGGAACGCGUUCGUUCGAAUAGUAGAGCAAGAUGAUGAGUAGGAGACAUUGAGGAAGCUAUUACAAGUAUAAAAACAAAAUUGUACCCGUGCUGCCAUUAACGUUAAAGCGGAGAGGAAGCGGAGAGGUGCAGUAAGAUAUUGAAAACAAGCCAAAGUACAUAGUUAACGAAGAUACACACGAAUUUAUGUCCAUCAAGAGACAUACACACUUGUACGUGUAGAGAGAAAGGAGAGAGAGAGAGAGUGUGUGUGUGUGAGAGAGAGAGCGAAAGGGAGAGAAUGAUUACGUAUCAAGAGCGCAUGCAUACUCGCAUACAUACGCUUAGUUGCGUAAAUCCGUGUAUAGAUAAAGAAAAUGUGGCGAAUGAGAGGAAAGGUUCCGCAAACGCUCUCCUUGGUUUCCGAUUUCGACAGUGAGCAACGUAGGCGAAAAAAAGCAUAAUUGAAGUAGAGUCUAGAGAGUUUGUUUAAUUCCACGCGUUGUUCGAUUAUAUCGCGAGAUAUCGCCGAGCAAUGACUGUUUGUGAUCUCGUAAAAUUUCGUACAAUGGUACUCCCAUCGUCGUCGACACGCGACGGGGAAUGUAAUAGAUUUGUUACUGUCGAAGAAUCGUCUUUACACACUCGUCUAUAUUUUCCUUAAGCUUAUACAGAGUUGCGCGAUUAAGUACACGAAUUGCCGAUCGAUACCGAUCGACGAGCAUCUUAGUCCCCGGAGUGAAUUCGUUUCGCGGCACGAGAGAAUAAGUUUAGGAACCUUCGUGUUGAAUAAUUAGCAGUCUCAUCCUAUGUAUCGUAUAAUCAAGAAAUCGAGCGACCGUGAGCAGUAUGUAUCUAGCGGUAUAAAAGACACAAGAGAGACAACUAUAUGGUGAAUAAGUGAAUUUGAGUUAUAGCGACUUGUAGCGUAUACUGUUUUCGAAUGUGAUCGAUCUGUUGCCUGAGUUUCCGAGCUGUUGUUACGUUUGCGCUUAUUAGUAUCAUUUCCCUUCUCACGCGAACGAGUUAUUAUUAUUAUUAUUAUUACUAUUAUUAUUAUUAUUAUGUUUAUUACGAUUACACUGUAAGUACAUUAGAAAGAAUUAAUACUAUUUAAAAUAUUACAUUGUGAUAACGUGACGUUCCGUUUCUAGUUCAAUUCUUCUAGUCUCGUUAAUUAUUCUGUCGAUACUCAGUCUAUCCCCCCUCUUUCCCCUGUCCACGACUGUAAUAAUUUAUCAAACUAUACGACGCGUUGCGGGAUACGUAGAUCUCGCGUAUAGAAAGGUGCAUCCUCUGUGCAACACAAAUACAGUAUACAAUCCGUAAAUAUGAGGUCAAUGUUGAUUUGUUUAAAUAAAUGUAAGUUUGAAAACCCA